UUAUAGCCGUCAAGCCGUCAGCGCAAGUCUCGUCCGUCAAAUUCUGUAGUGCUUGUACAAAAAUUUUGCUUUUCCGCCAAAGUACAGAGUCAUUCUAGAUUUGCCAAAAUGGCAGAGGGCCAGGAAGAACCUAAGAAAAUUACAAUCACAGUAAAAACUCCAAAAGAGAAACAACAAGUGGAUAUUGAAGAGGAUGCCGACAUUAAAAAAUUAAAAGAAGUGUUGUCGCCAAAGUUCAGUGCCGAGCCGGAACAGUUAUGUCUAAUCUUCGCCGGGAAGAUCAUGAAUGAUGCUGAUACUCUAAAACAGCAUAACAUCAAAGACGGUUUGACUGUUCAUCUGGUGAUCAAGACUCCGCCCCGACCGGAACCAGAGGGUGCGGCCCGACGCCCUCCAGCGGACAUUGGUGCUACACCAUUUGGUCUCAACUCUCUGGGUGGGCUAGCUGGUCUUGAGAGCCUAGGUCUUGGACAAAGCACAUUCAUGGAUUUGCAAGCUCGAAUGCAGCAAGAGCUGUUGUCCAACCCAGACAUGCUGAGACAAGUGCUGGACAACCCACUGGUGCAGCAGAUGAUGAAUGAUCCAGAGAAUAUGCGGACUCUCAUCACAUCCAAUCCUCAAAUGCAAGACCUCAUGUCUAGAAACCCUGAGAUCAGUCAUAUGCUCAACAACCCGGAGCUGCUGCGGCAGACCAUGGAGCUGGCGCGCAACCCUGCAAUGCUGCAGGAGCUCAUGCGCUCCCACGACCGCGCGCUCUCCAAUCUCGAGAGCAUACCUGGAGGCUACAACGCUUUACAAAGGAUGUAUCGAGACAUUCAAGAGCCCAUGUUGAACGUGGCCAGCAGCAUGGCCGGAAAUCCCUUCUCGGGACUCGUCGACAACUCUGACGGCACCAACCCGCAGCAAGGGUCGGAGAACCGGCAGCCGCUGCCCAACCCGUGGCAGCGCGGCGGCGGGCCCGGGGCCGGCGCGGGCACGGCCGCCCCGGGGCUCAUCAACACGCCGGGCAUGCAGUCGCUGCUGCAGCAGAUGUCGGAGAACCCGCGCCUCGUGCAGUCCAUGCUGUCCGCGCCCUACACCAACGACAUGCUGCAGGCGCUCGCCGCCGACCCCGAGAUGGCCUCUCAGCUCAUCAACCAGAAUCCGAUGUUCGCGAACAACCCGCAGCUACAAGAACAGAUUCGCACGAUGAUGCCUCAGAUGCUCGCGCAACUCCAGAACCCAGAGAUGCAACAGAUGAUGUCCAACCCGCAGGCAUUGAACGCGCUGCUGCAGAUCCAGCAGGGCAUGGAGCAGCUGCGCGCGGCGGCGCCUUCGCUGGUCUCCAACCUGGGGCUGGGCGCGGGCGCCGCCUCCGCCUCCCCGCCCGCGCCCGCCGCCCCGCCCGCGGUCCCCGUCUCCGCCAACACCGCCCAGGCCCGUCAGCAGAACAACUCCGAGCUAUUCACACAGUUCAUGCAACGAAUGGUGUCAGCCAUGUCGAACAACCAGACCAACUCCACGCAGCCGCCCGAGCAGCGCUACUCCCAGCAGCUGGAACAGCUGGCCGCUAUGGGCUUCCUCAACAGGGAGGCCAACCUGCAAGCUCUAAUCGCAACCUUCGGUGACGUGAACGCGGCGGUGGAGAGGCUACUGGCCCUCGGACAGUUGUCUAUGAGCUAACACUAAGGCCCCUCUGCGACAAACCUGGCUACUACUACACUCGAGUUUAACUAUUACUACGCUCACAACUGUAUUUUGUCAUACUAUUCCUAUGUGAACUUGGUCAGUUAUAAUAUAGCUGUUUUGACAUUCCUAUUGACCUUUCACUGACAACUUUUUCCCACUCAUGUGGGGUCGGCACUGUAUGUUAACUCCUUCCAUGUGGCCCUGUCCCAUGCCAUUUCAUUUAACAUUCCCUUUCUAGUUUUACUUUCGUUUUCGUUUGCAAGAAUAUUCCAAUUUAAAUUGUCUCCUGGCAGCGAAAGCACCGACAUUUUUCCCUCUUUUUCAAUAGAGUUAUGUGCCACUGUUCUUGAAUAUUGAAAUAUACAUCCAAGUAAUUAGACUUGCUUAAUAAGCUUUUCCUUGUCUGUUUUUGAGCUAGCCUCAAAUAUUUAUGCAAAUAUGCAGUUGUGUGACGUAGUAGUUCUAAUGUUUUAUUUCCAUUCUAACUGCUAAAUUAUGAAUGUAACUACGUACAUAUAAUGCGAGAUAUGCGUCACAUAUUGUGUUUAAAUUAUAUUUUGUUUCUCUAUACUUCUAAAACAGUCUGUAGGAUAAAAUAAACUAGUUAGUGUAUCCAGACAGAUGACACUUUAUAACAUUCACAUUCACUGAGUAUGUAUUGCACGUAUUUUGCUCCACGUCCUUGAAUACUGGAGGCAAUUUUUUCGUAUUGUCUACAUAUAUUGAUACGUGUAUAGUUAUAUGCAAUAUUUGUGUGUACAAUCACAGUGUGAGUAAGUAGCCAUAAUAUAAAAUACGUCGGUUUAAUAACUAUGAUCCUUAUUUUUACCAUCAUUUUUGUUUGUGGUAGGAACGUAGUCCUACAUGUACUAUUAAAUUUCAUUCCUUCUCGUUUUAGGUGUUAUACAAAAUUGUUUAUUAGUAAUCAAUAGUAUACUUACAUGAUUAUUUAAACGAAGCGCGGUAGUCGCUUGUUUUAUUUACUGCUGUAAAAAUAUAUGGUUAUAUUAAUUUAUGGUAUAAUUUAAUUUGUUCCCACUACCAUCAUCGUAGACUUUUACGUUGGUCUUAGUUACGUAAACGUCUGCAUAGGUUAUGUAAAUAGAUUCACUUCACAUUAGUUAAUGUGUUACGACAGGGGUUGAGCCAAUAUUAUUUCUCAAAAUGUAUAGUAUAAUUAAUUUAUUAUACUUGUAAUAUCAGAACACAUUGGUACGUUGUGAAUUUCGUGCGUCGAGAAACGAUUGAAUUUAUUUGGCAUUGCGGAUAACGGUCUUAGGAUGGUUUAUAAAUAUUUUUGUAUUCAUAGUACAGUCAUUAUACUAAUCUGCUUGUUUAGUCAACAGAAAUAAUGUUUGUUUAGCCAUUAUUUUGUAAGAAAGAUCACAUGUUUUUUUUUAUUUCAUAAGCUGUGGUGGUAUAAAACUAUUUGAUUUUUAAACUUUUAUUUGUAGUCUAUUGCGAUGGUUUUAUAGAUAAUUCGCAAAUUAUACGUUGUAAAAUAAGAAGGAUUAGGUGUUGCUCAGCUGUGUAGGGGAAUACAUUACACAACCUUAACAUCAUGUUAUGAAACAUGCAAUUGCGAAGGAUUAUAAAAAUAAAAGGUCCCUUUUGCUAAACAUCUCUUGAAAGAUUUUUUUUUAUUACAGAGAAAUUGUUUUCAAAUGUACAAAAAUGUAAACAAAAACUGUUUAAAUUGUAACUAUUUCAUUCUGUUCAAAUGAACUCUCAAUUUCUAUGAUGAUAUUGUAUUAUUACAACACUAAUAAAAAGGAACUGCAUGUGCUCUGUGAUGUAUUCUAGACUGCUAGAAAUGUCUGAAAUCGUAUGAAUCUGGACUGGGUGUAACAUUAUAUUAUGACAGAAUGCAAUUAUUAUAAAUAAAUAAAAGUAAACAAA